AUUCGACAUCGAGAUCGUUCAAGAUGCGUUUCGCUCUUGUUUUUGUGGCCUUUGGCCUCGCCAUGGUUGCAGCGGCACCAAAGAACAUCCAGAGGAUCGUCGGCGGGGAGUUGACGACCAUCGACAAGUACCCCUUCAUGGCUGCUAUGUUGUAUUCCUGGAACCUGUUGACGUAUCACCAGUCUUGCGGAGGAUCUGUACUCAAUUCCAGGGCUAUAUUGUCUGCUGCACAUUGCUAUGUAGGCGACACCCCUCCAAGAUGGCAAGUACGCGUCGGUUCGACCAUGGCCAACAGCGGCGGUGAGGUCCACCACCUUCGCGAGAUCUUCAACCAUCCCGACUACAUCCAAGCGACCGCUGGCUCUGACAUAGCUAUCCUUCAUACAGAGACUAUUAUAGUGUUUAGUGAUCUGGUGCAGCCUAUGGUUAUCCCUGGACGCAGCUAUGAUCUGCCUCAUAAUGAUUCAGUCGUCGCUAUUGGAUGGGGCACCGUUGCUCCCGGCGGCGUGCAAUCAGAACAGCUCCGCGAAGUUGAGGUUUGGUACGUGAGCAACGCCAUCUGUCGCUCCCGCUACGGAGAGCUCGGAGUAUACAUCACCAACGACAUGCUCUGCUCUGGCUGGCUCGACGUCGGCGGCAGAGACCAGUGCCAGGGCGAUUCUGGUGGCCCUCUGAUCCACGGAGACAACGUGAUAGUGGGAGUGUGUUCGUGGGGAAUGAGUUGUGCUUUGGCGAGGUAUCCGGGAGUCAACGCUCGGGUGUCUAUGUUUACUGAAUGGAUUCAGAAGACCAUUGCUACAAUGCUAAUUGUAGCAUUAUUGGGGUAUAAAAGACAAGUUCGGAUUGAUGACACUCCGUUGUGUUUAGACAAGAUGCGUUUUACUUUGGCUAUAGUGGCAGUUUGGCUUGCCGCCGUCACUGCGGUGCCCAGAAACCCUCAAAGGAUCGUGGGUGGCUCCGUGACCACCAUCGAGCAGUACCCGUUCGCAGCUCCAUUGCUGUACUCAUGGAACCUAGUCACCUACAGUCAGUCCUGCAGUGGCACUAUUCUCAAUACUAGGUCCAUUCUCUCGGCCGCACAUUGCUUUGUAGGUGACGCCGCAAACAGAUGGCGUAUCCGCGUGGGCUCCACCUGGGCCAACAGCGGAGGCGUCGUCCACAACGUUAAAUCCAUCCUCAUCCACCCCAGUCAUAAUACCAGAACUCUUGACAACGACGUCGCUCUGCUGCGCUCCGCGACUACCAUCUCACAGAGCUAUCAGGCUCGCCCUGGCAGUAUCGCCGGCGCGAACUACUACUUAGCUGACAAUCAAGCCGUGUGGGCAAUAGGAUGGGGAGCAACUUGCGCCAGUUGUGCCGGAUCCGACCAGCUUCGACAUGUUCAGAUCUGGGUUGUGAAUCAAAGUACUUGCAAGAGCCGCUAUCUUGAGGUGGGCGGUAACGUCACCGACAACAUGCUCUGUUCCGGCUGGCUGGACGUGGGCGGGCGCGACCAGUGCCAGGGCGACUCGGGCGGCCCCCUGGUCCACAAUAACGUGGUGGUCGGAAUAUGCUCGUGGGGUCAGGGUUGCGCGCAACCCCGGUAUCCUGGGGUCAACACUCGCGUGUCUCGUUUUACGGCAUGGAUCCAAGCUAACGCCUAAAUAAAUCACUAAUAGAAUAAAUUAAUGGAUUUGCUUACUA